AUGGGUGUUGAUGUCGAUGUUGGGCCAACUACUGAGCAUAUAAAAGCAGCAUUUGGGAGAUGCGAGGAGUGGUCUCGGGAGGAUCACAUGCGGAUCGGUUACCUUGCCAUCUUCACUGGAUUCAUUGAAGAGAGAAAGUACUCAACCGCUACACAGGCUAGUCUUUCAAGGCUAGUGAUUGAUUUAGAAAGAUUUGAGAAUUAUCCUUGGGGGAGAGUGGCGUUUAAGGUACUGUUGGAGUCUGUGAAGGGUGUAAAUUUGGAUUCAAAUUCAUACACUGUUGAUGGGUUUGUUCAAGUUCUCCAGACUAGCGUGAUCAACUUCGUCCAUAAGGACUAUGCUGAGAUGUUUCCACGAUGGGACUUUGAUGUGGAAGACCCGGCCGCGGAGAACAUUAUUAAAGUCAUGUUUAAUGCGAAAGCUAAUUGGAAGUGGACCAUGGAUUGCUGGGAAGUCACCAGUACUAACCCGAGAGUGAAGAAGGAAGUGAGUGCAGUGGAGACAGAUAGUGGUGUGAAGAAAGAAAGUGCAAGACCUCGGAAGAAAGCUCGUAAAGAGGCUUCUGUUGAGGCUAGUAAAGUGUCUUCUGUAGGGUUUUCAAAGUCAGAUGCUUCUACGUCUGUUGGUGGGAUGACCAAGGAGCAGAUUGAAAAAAGCUUCAAGGACAUAGCUGAUGUCAUGAGGGAUGGGUUUGGGAUGUGCCUGAAGGAGAUCAAGUUGCUGGGGGAUAGGAUGGAAGUUGUGGAGAAGAAGGUGGGAAUCACCAAAAAAGGGACUGCAUCUAAUGAACUUCAAAUCACAACUUCAAAUCCGGAAAAGCGUGGGCACGAACCCGAGAGUGAAAGUGUGAAUGGGGCGAAAGCAGGACAGAAUGACCCCCAGGAACCGAGUUCCUCGAAAGACCUGAGUCUUGUGAUAGCAAAUGAGCUCGAGGAGAAACCUCCAGAACAGAGUGGUGAACCUAGCCUUCUUGUAUUGGACAAAGAAGUACCCACUGAUUCAGAUUUACAGAAGGGGGAAACUAGAAGGCAGAUAAAGAGGAAUGCUGCUAUGGUACAUGUCUGUGGAAAGAGUGAGCGAGCAAGGAAACUUGCUGCCCCACAGCAAACUCCUUUUAAGGGAAACAACACUGCCAAAGUGAUCAUUCCAAACAAAAGGGUUGGCCAAGGCUAUGAUCCUUUUGCACCCUUUGACAAGAAGAUGUCGAAGGUGCUCACUGACUGGGUGAAACUUGAUCCGUAA